AUGGCUGCCUCGGGCUCCACCUCUGUGUCUGAGGGUUUCCACUACGAGACUAAGUACAUUGUCCUCAACUACCUGGGGCUCCUGCCCCCCUCCCAGCUACAGGCCACUACUGGCGGAGGUAAGGGACAGGCUGCACCCCCUUAUCACUCACACUAAAUCAGGAUGGAGAAGAUACUGGGGAUAGGAGGGAAUGCCUGCUUCCCGUUCCCAAUUCUCCACCACUAGCACACUACCCACCAAUGAUUUAAAAUUGGUGUACGCAUUGGCAGGAGGGAGUUUAGUUAAAUCCAUGCGAGAGAGUGUAUGAAUGCACACUUCGGGGGAAGGGUAAAGAAUUGGGGUGCAGACACAGUCUAUGCAGAUUGCCACCCUUCUGCCUGCCAGUGCCUAUCCCCCUUUUCAUUGGCGCUCAUUAGAAAUAUGUGAUUGCUGUCUUAGUCUCUGGCUUGAAAACCUGCCCAGAAACGUUAGUACAGAGGCUGUUUUGUAUUCUGCCUGGGUUGAGCUAGUGGAUGCUAGUAUUUUCUUGUCCUAAUUCUGGGAGUUCACACAAACAUGGUGAGCAUGCAUAUGUCAAUCAAAGCUUCCUAGAGUCCUACCGUGCCUUUACAGAAUGUAUGGGCAGCUUGUGCUGGCACCACUUCCAAGCAUGUUGGUAUCUCUACCCUAGUUAUGUGGAGACUGAACAGCAUCUAGUAAGGUUGACAGUAGGGUUGGGCGAUAUUACGAUGGUAUCAUCUAUCGACGAUGAUUGACAGGUUAGCUUAUUUGAACUUGACUGGCACCACGCAGUAAAGAAUGGAGUCAGUAUGAAAAAUGUAUGCACUCACUAACUAAGUCACUCUGGAUAAGAGCGUCUGCUAAAAUGACAAAAAAAUAAUGUAAAAUGAGUCGGGCAGCGGACGGCAGGGCAGCACACAAGUGACAUUCUGAGUAAUCUGCCUAUUCCUAUUUGCUAUAGCCUAUUUCAAUAAAUAGCCUGAGUUUUAUAUAGGCCUACAGAACGCAAGAGAGCAAUGUAGGCUAGACAUUUUACAUUUUAGUCAUUUAGCAGACGCUCUUAUCCAGAGCGACUUACAGUUAGUGAGUGCAUACAUUUUCAUACUGGCCCCCCGUGGGAAUCGAACCCACAACCCUGGUGUUGCAAGCGCCAUGCUCUACCAACUGAGCUACACGGAGCGGAGAAUUCCACCAAAGCAGUGCAAAAGGUCCAGUCAGAAAAUAUUAUCUCGCUGUCUCUCUCUUGCUCUGUCGGUUGCAUGGGCCUUAUAGCCUAAACCGAUUGAUUUUUAUAAGGGACACUCCUUAACUAUAUUCUGUCUAGCUGUUUAAAAAAACGUAGGCAAUAUUCCCUUCUCUCCAUUCGAUAUGACUUUGGGCUAGGCUACGGUUUCAUCGUUUUAUGCAUGCAUGCUUUCUCUCCCAAUCAAACAAUGAAUGCAUUGUACAGAGUUCUAUCUAAAAAAGUUUGUUUGAAUAGCCUAAAAACGUAAGAGGGCCAUGGGACUAAUAAUGACAAAGAACAAACCAUAUCAAUAUAGACAAAUCUAAUGACCAGUUUAAUCAAAUUUAAGCUUAUUAAGAAAUAAAUUAUCCGUGAGGGGUGGAAAAAUCCCUCCAUGCGAGGUUGAAAACCAAAUGGCCAAUUACCUAUUGUCUUACUAGGCCUAUCAUAAAAACUUUAAGACAAAUUAAAGCCUUUUUCCCAAAUAGCCUAAGGUACUGUUGUCCUAAAGUUGCCACUUUCAAAAAAGAACAAGAAUGAAAGUCGGAGUCUAUAGGCCUAGACUAGUCUCAAUCACAGCUUUAUGAGAGACUAUAAACAAUAGCCUAUUCAGAGAGGAGGAUGAGGCAAAGCAAUUAUUAUCCAGUUCUGAAGAUGGUAGACUUUGCUUCUAUCCAGCCCAUGAUUCUAUAACCUAACGCACUACAGUAAGGCCUGUUCCUCAUCAGUUGACUGUCACUUUGCUCCAUCAUGUGUGCGAGACACACACAUACCUGUUCCAUGCUGAAUCUCCACCAGAAAAUACUAUUAGAAAAUAAUUGCCAGCAUUUAGCCUCUGACCAGGCUUUCAACAACAUUAUCUUUUGUCAUGAUUCGUCCAGUUGUAGCAUGCAAUUUCACGCUAUAGCCCAACAGUGGUUUUUGAAUAUUAUAAUUUUUAUUCCCAAAAUGUUUUUAGGGGGUUGGCCAGUAGGGGGUGAUACCAUGGUAUAUCACAAUGUUUUAUGAGUACAUAAUCAUGAGAGGACAGAGAUUGACAUCGUCCAAACCUAGUUGACCGUCACUGGCAUUAGGGUGGGAAAUUGUUUGAUAUACUAGCCUGACCUGCUCUCCUAACUACGGAGGGCAUGACAGCCCUGUAGGAGCAGUAGUCUGGGGUUCUCUGAGGUCUGACAUGUGCCCCAUGUGAUUGCCAUGGAAAAGUAAUGAGUCUGACGGUUCCCUAUGAAAGGCAAAGACCUCUUGGCUCUGACAGGAAGAGCAGGACUUUCGUAUUUCCUGUCGCCUGUUUUGUCAGAGGGGGUGGGCGACGUAGAGACGAGUGCCUGAUCCCUGCUUUCCGCUCGACCCACUCCUUGUUCUGACAGCCUGUCGUGGGCAAUCACUGUAGGAUUACUCACCCGCCACCGGGCAAGAGCAAAAAGAGGCGCAGGCCGGACUGACGGACUGCUGAACCAGCACCUAGCCUGGCUGGGAAAACCAACACGGCGCCUCACUGUGUCUCCCUGAGUGAGUUAAUGUGUGAGCAGCCAGGAGAGAGUAUAAGGGUUAAUGAGAUGAUUGAUGUGUGUGAAUGAGGGGUGUGCAUCUGGGCCUGUAAGCACGCAAUGAGAGCAGAGCGUGUAUUGCUAGAGAGUGGAGAAGAAGAAAGGGAGGGAGGAGCGAGCAGCUUGAAAAGAGAGCGUGUGUGGGAGUAUGUACAAACUCUGUUGUCAAUCCAUCCAUGACAGCUCUGUUUGGUGAACGGUGCAUAUUGAAAAUCCACACCUGAGAAGGGCCUAUACUCAGGCAAGAUGGAGUGCAUUGCUGCUACUUUGCAUUGUAAGGGUGACUGUCAAAUAGUGAUGAGCAUUGAACAAUGGCUUAACUUUGCUCUGUGUAGAUUGGUGUCCCUAGUCUCCAUACAGUUCAGUUUAUUUUUUGUUACCUUUUAACCUCCCUGUAAACCAUUACAUAGGCCUACAGUAUGUGUACAUUUGUGGCCAGCAGUUAUUACAUCAUACAGUCAGUAACAUCAGAGGUUUUGCACAGACAUUUACAUUACAUUUAUGUCAUUUAGCAGACGCUCUUAUCCAGAGCGACUUACAAAUUGGUGCAUUCACCUUAUAGCCAGUGGGAUAACCACUUUACAAUAUAUAUAUUUUUUUUUCUUUGGGGUGGGGUAAGGGGGGGUAGAAGGAUUACUUUAUCCUAUCCCAGGUAUUCCUUAAAGAGGUGGGGUUUCAAGUGUCUCCGGAAGGUGGUGAGUGACUCCGCUGUCCUGGGGUCGUGAGGGAGCUUGUUCCACCAUUGGGGUGCCAGAGCAGCGAACAGUUUUGACUGGGCUGAGCGGGAACUGUGCUUCCGCAGAGGUAGGGGGGCCAGCAGGCCAGAGGUGGAUGAACGCAAUGCCCUCGUUUGGGUGUAGUGACUGAUGAGAGCCUGAAGGUACGGAGGUGCCGUUCCCCUCACAGCUCCGUAGGCAAGCACCAUGGUCUUGUAGCAGAUGCGAGCUUCAACUGGAAGCCAGUGGAGUGUGCGGAGGAGCGGGGUGACGUGAGAGAACUUGGGAAGGUUGAACACCAGACGGGUUGCGGCAUUCUGGAUGAGUUGUAGGGGUUUAAUGGCACAGGCAGGGAGCCCAGCCAACAGCGAGUUGCAGUAAUCCAGACGGGAGAUGACAAGUGCCUGGAUUAGGACCUGUGCCGCUUCCUGUGUAAGGAUGUUGUAGAGCAUGAACCUACAGGAUCGGGUCACUGCCUUGAUGUUAGCGGAGCACUGAUAACUAAUGUUUGCACAGUGCAACUGUUGUUUUUUAUUUUUAUUUUAUUUUUUAUUUUAUGUCAUUUAGCAGACGCUCUUAUCCAGAGCGACUUACAGGAGCAAUUAGGGUUAAGUGCCUUGCUCAAGGGCACAUCGACAGAUUUUUCACCUAGUCGGCUCGGGGAUUAGAACCAGCGACCUUUCGGUUACUGGCACUACGCUCUUAACCACUAAGCUACCUGCCGCCUAUAUAUAUAGCUUAAUAACACAAGAUGGAUAUUGGUCUCCACUAGGCUACGACAUACAAGUGUGAAGUGUAUCCUAAGGUUGCGAAUGUGUCAAAAUUUGGUUCAGUUGUGGUCUAGCGGUUAGUGCCGUUGCCUUCAGCGUGCACACACAGGCCUACCGUGUCGACAUGGGUUCGAUUACGGCCCACGCCCUUCUGGCACAAAUAACUCAAUCCCCUGAUUGACUUGAUUUAGUUACACAUUACAAAUAUACAGUUAGUCAAGUUUGGACACACCUUGUUACGGAUACUGUGGUGUUUUGUGUACUCACUAAGUUGCUGGUUACUCUGUUUGGUAACUUUGUUAGAGACUUGAUAGAAAACGCCAAUCUCGUGUGUGCCACGUUAACAUGUUGAAGACAUACCACACCAGACCCGUCACUCAGAUAGACAGUCCAGAGAAACUGGCCGAGUCGGCUGUCCCUAUUGCUGCUACGGCUGUAGUGGGAGGUCAUGUUAAUGAUGGGGGUCGGAUAAUGUGUUGGCAGAUGCUUUGUCUCGUGUUUAAAGAUCUAGGUUUUUUUUGUUAUCCCGUCAGGAUGCUGUUGAUCUUUGAAUUUUGGGUGUUGUGAUGGUACGUGUGUCGCAAACCAUUGUGGUUUGCUCUUUUAAGGGUGGGAGUGUUACGGAUACUGUGGUGUUUUGUGUACUCACUAAGUUGCUGGUUACUCUGUUUGGUAACUUCGUGUGUUUCUGGGAAAAGGGGAAUCUAAGCAAGUUGCCCUUGGGCGUACAUUACCCGUAGGAAGAAAACUGUCUAAAAACACUAGUUAGACCUGAGCGGACCACCCACUGUACUUUUGUAUGAUUAGCAGUAGCUUAGCGGUUCUUGAGGCAGGCAAGAUCAGUUUAGGGGUGUUUUACACUAUUGUUUCAUUUCUUGGGUCCUGCUCAGCCCUUUUUCCCAAACCUUUACCGUGUGUUCAAAAAUAAACCUUUUAUGUUUGACGGUAGUUUAUGGUUGUCGUGUAGUUUUUGUUCUCACUGUUCCAUGUCACGCUUAUAAUUUGCAUGAAUUAUGUUACGGGUCUCAUGUCCAUCCACCCUAGACGUUUAAAGCCACGGGGUUCGUAACACACCUACUCAUUCAAGGGUUUUUCUUUAUUUUUACUAUUAUUUACAUUGUAGAAUAAUAGUGAAGACAGCAAACAAGUGCUCAGCAUACAGUGAGGGGAAAAAAGUAUUUGAUCCCCUGCUGAUUUUGUACGUUUGCCCACUGACAAAGAAAUGAUCAGUCUAUAAUUUUAAUGGUAGGUUUAUUUGCACAGUGAGAGACAGAAUAACAACAAAACAAUCCAGAAAUACGCAUGUUAUAAAUUGAUUUGCAUUUUAAUGAGGGAAAUAAGUAUUUGACCCCCCCCCCACCCCCCCACACCUCUCAAUCAGAAAGAUUUCUGGCUCCCAGGUGUCUUUUAUACAGGUAACGAGCUGAGAUUAGGAGCACACUCUUAAAGGGAGUGCUCCUAAUCACAGUUUGUUACCUGUAUAAAAGACACCUGUCUACAGAAGCAAUCAAUCAGAUUCCAAACUCUCCACCAUGGCCAAGACCAAAGAGCUCUCCAAGGAUGUCAGGGACAAGAUUGUAGACCUACACAAGGCUGGAAUGGGCUACAAGACCAUCGCCAAGCAGCUUGGUGAGAAGGUGACAACUGUUUGUGCGAUUAUUCGCAAAUGGAAGAAACACAAAAUAACUGUCAAUCUGCCUUGGCCUGGGGCUCCAUGCAAGAUCUCACCUCGUGGAGUUGCAAUGAUCAUGAGAACGGUGAGGAAUCAGCCCAGAACUACACGGGAGGAUCUUGUCAAUGAUCUCAAGGCAGCUGGGACCAUAGGCACCAAGAAAGCAAUUGGUAACACACUACGCCGUGAAGGACAUCCUGCAGCACCCGCAAGGUCCCCCUGCUCAAGAAAGCACAUGCAUGCCCGUCUGAAGUUUGCCAAUGAACAUCUGAAUGAUUCAGAGGAGAACUGGGUGAAAGUGUUGUGGUCAGAUGAGACCAAAAUCGAGCUCUUUGGCAUCAACUCAACUCACCGUGUUUGGAGGAAGAGGAAGGCUGCCUAUGACCCCAAGAACACCAUCCCCACCAUCAAAUAUGGAGGUGGAAACAUUAUGUUUUGGGGGUGUUUUUCUGCUAAGGGGACAGGACAACUUCACUGCAUCAAAGGGACGAUGGACGGGGCCAUGUACCGUCAAAUCUUGGGUGAGAACCUCCUUCCCUCAGCCAGGGCAUUGAAAAUGGGUCGUGGAUGGGUAUUCCAGCAUGACAAUGACCCAAAACACAAGGCCAAGGCAACAAAGGAGUGGCUCAAGAAGAAGCACAUUAAGGUCCUGGAGUGGCCUAGCCAGUCUCCAGAUUUUUCUAUGGGAUUAAGGUCUGUGGAGGGAGCUGAAGGUUCGAGUUGCCAAACGUCAGCCUCGAAACCUUAAUGACUUGGAGAAGAUCUGCAAAGAGGAGUGGGACAAAAUCCCUCCUGAGAUGUUUGCAAACCCGGUGGCCAACUACAAGAAACGUCUGACCUCGUGAUUGCCAACAAAGGUUUUGCCACCAAGUACUAAGUCAUGUUUUGCAGAGGGGUCAAAUACUUAUUUCCCUCAUUAAAUGCAAAUCAAUUUAUAACAUUUUUGACAUGUGUUUUUCUGGAUUUCUUUGUUAUUCUGUCUCUCACUGUUCAAAUAAACCUACCAUUAAAAUUAUAGACUGAUCAUGUCUUUGUCAGUGGGCAAACGUACAAAAUCAGCAGGGGAUCAAAUACUUUUUUACCUCACUGUAUGUGGGAACUCCUUCAAGACUGUUGGAAAAGCAUUCCAGGUGAAGCUGGUUGAGAAAAUCCCAAGCGUGUGCAAAGCUGUCAUCAAGGCAAAGGGUGGCUACUUUGAAGAAUCUCAAAUAUAAAAUAUGUUUUGAUUUAUUUAACACUUUUUCUGGUUACUACAUGAUUCCAUGUAUGUUAUUUCAUAGUUUUGAUGUCUUCACUAUUCUUCUACAAUGUAGAAAAUAGUAAAAAAUAAAGAAAAACCCUUGAAUGAGUAGGCAUGUCCAAACUUUUGACUGGUACUGUGUGUGUGUAUAUACACACACACACAAUCCAGGGAUAUUUUACCGCUGAUCUUGAUAAGGAAUGACUAGACACUUUUGGAAAACAUAAAUAGGAAACAAAUAAAAUAAUAACAGUAGGCUACACCAACAUUAGUUUCCAUUCAUACAAAGUGUUGGGUAAAUUGCCACAGUAUGUUUGCCGUGGUAAACAAGGAAAUACUUUUAUAUUGUACAGACUGCUUGUCAAAUAAAUCAUGCUUAGUCUGUUAGAAACGGACUGUUCCGAUGACAAAACCAACCACAGGGCGAACAUAUUUUGAAAGACUGGUUGCAAGCAAGACUAAAGCAGAGAGGAAGAGGCGACGCGAGAGGGCUCACUCGCCAAAAUCUGUCCAGAAUAAACCCAAUGCGUUUCUAUGUGCUUAAUAUGCAGACCUGAGCUUGUCGCCUGCCUUCCUUUCUUUGGGACAACGAUUCCCAUUGUUGGGGCGAAGACAUGAGCGUCUCGUCAUUAUAUACAGAUCUCUGACUAAGGUAACACUGACAUCAUCUUUUAGGGAGCGGUAAUGAGGUGACCAAUAAUGGUUGCAAUUGAGAUGAGCUGUGCGGGUGAAUUUAGCUAAUUGAUGGUUUAAUGAGACAGCUGGCAACGAUCUAGUGCCUUCAAUGGUUGCAAUAGGCCCCUUGUUAGUUUGAUUAUAUUCCAAUAGGCUACAUUUUGAAGGCUACCCGUGUGAAAACCGAUAAUAGGCUACUGUUUGUUUCCCUGGCUGAGUUAAUGAGCUGAUUUAGGCCAUCAGUUGAUUGAUAAUGGUAUUUUUUUAUUUAAAAAAAUGUUUCAUGGUGCACAAGACACCUGUCUGAUUCACGCCUGUCUCAGUGGACUAAUCCAUUGCGGAGGCCACAUGGAUGGCACAGUCCAUCACUCUUAAGACGUGAUUCAAAAGCUGGCUGUUUUUAGAUGAAAUGAGAGAACCUAGUUGAUCUCAAUAUCACCCUCACUUUCAAUAACAAACAACUUGAGGAUAUGCACAAAGAGAAUAAAAGCUAAAGGGCACUGUUGACAAACUGUAAAUCAAAGUAAACGAUGUUGUCCGUGACAAGAGCCCUUAAUGAGACAGUGCUGAAUCUAAUAUUCUCUGGCAUAGAAGAGGUCAAAUCUAGAAACCCUGAGGCAUCUGUGAGUGAGUUCAUAUCUACUAAACUGAAUUUCACUAGACCAUGUACAAAUAAUGACAUUUUCUAGAGUACAAAGAAUGUGAGGUACAUCCCAUUAUUGCCUGCUCCCCAUAAUAGAUUGUUUUGAGCACUUCCAGCAGAAAAUCAUGGUUCAAAGAAAAAGAAGAGGGCUCGAAGGCACAAACCUAUGGCAUGAACGACCAGUUCCCGAAAGAAAUCUGUGACUGAAGGAAAAUACUUUUCCCAACGUAAAAAAAACAACAGAGAAAUGAGUAGACGCGUCCUCUAUGGUGGUUAAUAAACUUUACAUCGAUGGGCAGCUAUAUACAUUGCAUUCAGAAAGUAUUCAGACCCCUUGACCUUUUUCCACAUUUAUCCAACAUACAGUGCUUUCGGAAUAUAUAUUCAGACCCCUUGACUUUUAAAUGUUUUUGUUACGUUACAGCCUUAUUCUAAAAUUGAUUAAAUAGUUUUUUCCCCCUCAUCAAUCUACACACAACCCCAUAAUGACAAAGCAAAAACAGGUUUUUAUACAUUUUGGCAAAUGUAUAAAAAAUAUCACAUUUACAUAAGUAUUCAGACCCUUUACUCAGUACUUUGUUGAAGCGCCUUUGGGAGAGAUUACAGCCUUGAGCCUUCUUGGGUAUGACAUUACAAGCUUGGCACACCUGUAUUUGGAGUGUCUCCCAUUUUUCUCUGCAGAUCCGCUCUUUCAGGUUGGAUGGGGAGCGUCGUUGCACAGCUAUUUCCAGGUCUCUCCAGAGAUGUUCGAUCGGGUUCAAGUCCGUUCUCUGGCUGGGCCACUCAAGGACAUUCAGAGACUUGUCCCGAAGCCACGCCUGCUUUGUCUUGACUGUGUGCUUAGGGUCGUUGUCCUGUUGGAAGGUGAACCUUCGCCGCAGUCUGAGGUCUUGAGCACUCUAGAGCAGGUUUUCAUCAAGGAUCUCUCUGUACUUUGCGCUGUUCAUUUUUGUCUCGAUCCUGACUAGUCUCCCAGUCCCUGCCGCUGAAAAACAUCCCCACAGCAUGAUGCUGCCUCCACCAUGCUUCACUGACAUGAUGCUUGGCAUUCAGGCCAAAGAGUUCAAUCUUGGUUUCAUCAGACCAGAGAAUCUUGUUUCUCAUGGUCUGAGUCCUUAAGGUGCCUUUUGGCAAACACCAAGCAGGCUGUCAUGUGCCUUUUCCUGAGGAGUGGCUUCCGUCUGGCCACUCUACCAUAAAGGUCUGAUUGGUGGAGUGCUGCAGAGAUGGUUGUCCUUCUGGAAGUUUCUCCCAUCUCCAUAGAAGAACUCUGGAGCUCUGUCGGUGACCAUCGGGUUCUUGGUCACCUCCCUGACCAAGGCCCUUCUCCGAUUGCUCAGUUUGGCCGGACGGCCAGCUCUAGGAAGAGUCUUGGUGGUUCCAAACUUCUUCCAUUUAAGAAUGAUGGAGGCCACUGUGUUCUUGGGGACCUUCAAUGCUGCAGAAAUGUUUUUGCACCCUUCCCCAGAUCUGUGCCUCGACCCAAUACUGUCUCGGAGCUCUAUGGACCAUUCCUUCGACCUCAUGGCUUGGUUUGUGCUCUGACAUGCACUGUCAAGUGUGGGACCUUUUUAUAUAGACAGGUGUGCCUUUCCAAAUCAUGUCCAAUCAAUUGAAUUUACCACAGGUGGACUCCAAAUCAAGUUGUAGAAACAUCUCAUUAAUGAUCAAUGGAAACAGGAUGCACCUGAGCUCAAUUUAGAGUCUCAUAGCAAAGGGUCUGAAUACUUAUGUAAUAAGGUAUUAUUAUUUAUUUUUUUACUUGUAAUACAUUUGCAAAAAUGUCUAACCCUGUUUUCGCUUUGUCAUUAUGGGGUAUUGUGUGUAGAUUGAGGAUUUUGUCAAAUUAAAUCAAUUUAUGAUUAAGGCUGUAACGUAACAAAAUGUGGAAAAAGUCAAGGGGUCUGAAUACUUCCCGACUGCAGUAUACAUACAUGCAUACAUACAUGGCUGUGUGCUCUAUUUUAUACACCUGUCAGCAACGGGUGUGGCUGAAAUUGCCGAACCACUAAUUUGAAGGGGUGUCCACAUACUUUUGUGUGUAUGUAUGUGUAUAUAUUUUUUUAUUUCAGAUUUACGUGAGUGGAAGUUUCACCAUGGCACGGACUGUGGCGAUACGUUGGCACACAAUAAUUAUUACAAUAUGGCAAUAUACCUGAGACAUGAAUCGAGUUGAAGGGAAGGCAUAUACAGGCUGUCACCAAUUUAUUGUUGUGCAAUUUGCCCAAAUGUAUAAUGGAAACCUCUAACCACUCGACAGAUAUUAGCGUUUUAAUUUUAUAAUUUAAGGUAUUUACCCCCUUUUUUUUUUCUCUACCCAAUUUCGUGAUAUCCAAUUGCGAUCUUGUCUCAUCGCUGCAACUCCCCAACGGGUUCGGGAGAGGCGAAGGUCGAGUCAUGCGUCCUCCGAAACAUGACCCACCAAACCGCGCUCCUUAACAGCUAGCCGCACCAAUGUGUCGGAGGAAAGAAGUCAGCCUGCAGGUGCCCGGCCCGCCACAAUGAGUCGCUAGAGCGCGAUGAGCCAAGUAAACCCAACCCGGACGACGCUGGGCCAAUUGUGCGCCGCCCUAUGGGUCUCCCGGGAUCGAACCCGGGUCUGUAGUGACGCCUCAAGCACUGCGAUGCAGUGCCUUAGACCGCUGCGCCACUAGGGAGGCCGAAAUUGUUUUUUCUUUUAGGUGUGAUGUCCAGCUGUUUUUCUUUACACAAGACCAUUCAAUGGAAACGCACCGUAGCAGGCAAUUGUUGCAUCUAUUUUCUAUUCUAACGUUCUAAAUGUCGACAAAAAAUCUCUGGAAAAGUUAAUGGAAACCUAGAUAAUGAUGUAAUUGAUUCCAAAUAUGUCAUGUGUGACUGUUAGUGUCAUGUGAUGUUGUGUUUCCUUCCAGGAGAUGACCAGUAUGCUGUGGACAGAGAGAUGGAGAGAGAGAGGAACAGAGUGAUGAAGGGACAGAUAGAGGAAGAGCUGAGGCAACUGGAAGAUGAGAUCUCAGCCUGUAAGAGGAAGCCACACACACCAGAUAUUGUAUGCCCUCACAACACAGACAUGUCUGAGCAUGCUAAUAGUUGGGUAUUUCAGCCCUCAUCACACUGUUCUUGUACAACUGGGUCUGGGACUGUCAAAGAAAUGAAUGAGUGUGUGUGUGUUUACAGCCUUCUCCAGUACAGGCUUCGACUGCCACAUGUCUCCAGUGUUCAGCCCUGCCAACCCAGAGAGCUCCAUCGAAGACUGCCUUGCUGCUAUGGGCGACCGGGUGGCCAGAGACCUGGACACACACCUGGCCUCCACUGUACACACACUCCUCAGUGCGUGAGUAUCUGUUCUGCAGUGUACACCAAUUACUUUAUCUAUGAAUGGACAAAGCCAUCGAUCACGUGACACCAUUCAUUCCUAUGUGAAGACUUGAUAGCGCAUUUGAAGCCAAGGAAGUUGGUUCAGAUGGCAUCUCAUGUAGGUGAUUUAUGUAGACAUGCGCAGUUGGAGCUACUCCAGGAAGUGACGCUGCAGGCUAGCUCAGUGCUACUCCUCUCGUUGAGUAUCUCAAGCUAGAGGCUGAACAGGGUACUGCAGGCUGCCAUUAGCUACUAAAUUAUCAUAACUUAUUCUGUGUGAGAUUUUAAAAUAAGCGGUUCAAGGACAUGCAUCUGGUGUAAUGGAAGCAAUUAUUGGUACCAGGAUUGCCUUCUGUCUUUUUUAUUUAUGUGAAGAUUGCCAUUUUCCCAUUCACUAUAAAGGGGAUCCUGUUUUCUGCAAACAAUGCCUGCAGUACCAUGGUCGGCCUUGAACUUCGUGGCUUCAAUGAGAGGGGGCAGUCGUUCUCUCCUGGUGUACACCCAGCCUAACAUUCUCUCACUGUGUGUGUGUGUGCGUGCAGCCAGUUGUCAUGUUCACUGUUCACCCUUUAAGAGAACAGAUUAGUAAACUCUGUGUAUUGCUGUUUUCCCUACAUUGUUGAAACCUAUUGGUUUGGUAGUUUACCAUUUUGGUUGGGAAAAGGCAUGCGUUUCAGUGCCUUCAAGAGUCCUUGAAUACAGUCAGCACAGCAGUGCCUGGGUAGGCUCAUCAGCCAGAGCAUGUGAGCGGAGUGGAGCGGGAGCGGGCAGAUUUUGGACAGAACCCAGAGCGGCAUUUUUAAAAGGACGGAGCGUCACCCUAUGUCCCGCUCCAAUUUCGCUCGCUCACACCACGAGUCUGAAGCAUGCUCAAGCCUGACCCAGAAUCCAUCUGUUUAAUUUAAUUUGUCGUCCAUGAAUUUGUAUUUUAUAGAGCGAGAGGAGCAGCAGCAGCAACAAGAGAAAAGGGUUGAGGAAUUCAAACGUUUCUUCACUGCACGCAAAGGCCCAACCAUAACAAGGGAGAGAAAAAGAGAGCUGGAUGUAGCAUUUAAAAAAAUGAUUUACAUGAACCGCUGAUUAAAGGAGAACGCGAAGGGAUGCAACACUUCACCGGCGCAGCUCAACCGUGCUAACCUCCUCCCUGGCACUGAAGAGGAGGAUGAGGGACCACUAAUGUAGAAACUAUGAUAAAUCGGUACUUUACUGUGUCAAAUUUACAUCUGAGAUGCUCCAUUCACAUGCUUCAGCUGGCGAUCAAAGACACCGUUAACGAGCACGACAACAUUAAUAGGCUGUUAGUGAAAGCCGGGCACCUGGUGAAAUGUGUACGCAAGAGCACCCUGAACACAGAGGAAACCGACCAAUUAGGUGUCGGCCCCACAAAUGCCUGCGCCACUCGAUGGAGCAGCCAGCUGCGGAUGAUUCAGUCGUUCAUCCGGUUGUUCCAAAAAGACCCGUUAUGGCAAAACAAACUCAAGUCUGUUGCUAACAUCACCCUGACUCAAGUACGGCAGCUGACGCACCUUGUCAGUGUGCUGACACCACUGGCAGACCUCACAGACAAAAUGCAGAAGGAGCUGGGGAACCUGGGGAUGAUCCUCCCUGCUGUCACAGAAAUCAAAUCCCUGCUCACCGAUGACACUCACGCUGCACUUCCAAUGGGCAUCGCUGCUUUUGCAGAAACAUUGGCAAACAACGUGUCAAUUCACUAUGGAAUAUACUAUACUGAUAAACAUCUCAUUUUAGCAUCAGUGUUAGAUCCCCGUUUCAAGACAGAAUGGUGCUAGCUGUGCCACUAGAGAUCCUGGUUCGAAUCCAGGCUCUGUCGUUGCCGGCCGCGACCGGGAGACCCAUGGGGCGGCGCACAAUUGGCCCAGCGUCGUCCAGGGUAGGGGAGGGAAUGGCCGGCAGGGAUGUAGCUCAGUUGGUAGAGCAUGGCGUUUGCAACGCCAGGGUUGUGGGUUCGAUUCCCACGGGGGCCAGUAUGAAAAAUAAAAAAGUAAUGUAUGCACUCACUAACUGUAAGUAGCUCUGGAUAAGAGCGUCUGCUAAAUGACUAAAAAUGUAAAAAAAAAAAAAAUCUGAAGUCUAUGCAACAAACUCGGGGAGAUAAGGGUAGGCUGUGGUUUAAGCUAAAAAGUGAAAUACAUGCAGAUUUUUUUUUCCUUUUUUGGAGCGAGCGGGGGGGGGGGUGAUUUGAGUGGUGCGCGAUGCAAACUGCGUUGAGCGAUAAUGAGCGGACUGGCCUGAUGUGGCUUUGAGCGGGGGGAGCGGAGGGGUGAACAGCUCCGUGAGCGAGGAGCUGAGAUUCUCACCGCACCACUCCGCUCAUAUGCUCUACUGUAGGCCUGAACUCAAAGUCAAGGUUGAAUUGAUGGUGCCUUUCAUACUGCCUUAGGGAAAGUGUUCCUGUCUAGCAAUUUCAGAACAGCACAUGGACCUUUUUUAUAAAAGGUUGUAUUACAUGACUACUUCAAAGUAUAUUUUUAAUCUGCGCUUUUAAUGAUGAAAUGGAUUCCAAGAAACACUCCUAUAGGUUUAAUCAAUGACACCCAACCAACAUAUAGGCUACCAUUUAAUUUUCUAAAGUUACAGAAAUGCAAGGACAUUACUCAUAUCACUUAGGCUAGGAAUGUGUGUCUAAUGUAUCGCAACCAUAUUUAUAAACCAGCUCUCUGUGAUGCAUACAUUUCUCAAGUUACUUUCAAGGUCACUGGUGAAUGAUCACUGUGUGUUCAUUUGGCAGCCCUUUGGACUACGAACGUUUCAGAGAAGCAGCACAAGAUGUCUCCUGCCACACGCAGAGUGGCUGGACCAAGGUGAGGGAUCUCUCUACUGUUCACCUGCCGUUACUGACUGACAACCUAUUAGGACUAGUUAAGAAACAACCCAUAAGCUCUUUCCCUAGCUCUUAGGCCUAUGGUGUCUGCAGAUCCGAAGGAAUCUGAUUAGGGCUGUGACUGUCAUGGAAUUUUGGAAUGACGGUUAUUUGUCAGCCAAUUGACUGCGGUCACCAUUUUUAUAAUCGUUUGAAUAGCAAACAAGAUGCACAAAGGCAACCGGAAGACUGGUUUGCUCCAACACCUUGCAGUAACAAGGAGCAACAAAGUUUCAUCACUUUGUAAGAGUCCAUGUUACCACAGAAAUGGACUCAACUGUAUGUCCCGCCUUCAGUCAGCUGUUUAGUCCACAACACAAAAUUCUAAAACUGGCUAGUUUAGCCUCCUCUCUCCUUAUAUCGGCUGUUAGCUGUAAGCCAGACUACUUUGCUGCUUUUGGGUAUAGUUUGUCGACUUGAAUAUGAAGUUGAUUAAAAACGUUGGAUUUUUUUUUUACGGUUAUGAUGAUUAUUUCAUUUUCAUGACUGUCUUCAUCCAUAAUUGUCGGUUACAUUAUUAUACAAUUACCGUGCCACCCCUAAAUCUGAUAAGUGUGGUGGAAGCUCCCCUUAGGCUUUUUGAAAGGCCUGGUGGAACCAUCACCAUUUUGCUUUUACCCCCAUCCUGGUUCCUUUUGGGUAGGGUCUUGAACUGGGCCUAACACACUGCCCUCGCUGUCCCCAGGUGCUGGUGCCUUUGGUGCUGCUGCAGGCACUACAGGGAGAAGGACAGAUCCUGGCUACUCUGCUUCCUCUGGGGGUCAAUUUCCUGGAGGAGGCUGAGGCAGACUACAUCAUCCGGCAGGGAGGAUGGGUGAGUGGACACUGGACAAGGGGAGAGGUGGUACAGAUGGGGUGGAUGGGACAGGGGGGCUGGCCAAUAAUGAACCACUUAUUCAUUUCUCAUACAAAAUUCAAGCAGAUUAAUGUUUCAGCCUUUACCUGUUGGCUGCUGUUUCUUUUCACAACACAGUAUAGCCAGAGGAGGGCGCCAGAGAUCCACUGUACAUGGUUGGCUGUAAGGGCAUUCAGUCAUUGUUGAGAGGCUGGCUAUAAGGGCAUUUUAAAGAUAGAACGAGAGAGGGAGACACUCUUCUUAGUUUACCUUUCACUUACUUAGGUAAUGCAGCUAAUUUAGCCUACUCAACAACUUGACUCAUAUAGAGAGGAAUGCUAUUUAUGUUAGCUAGCAGGCUAAGGCUAUCCAACACUGCAACUCUUCCAAGUCAAGGUAAGUGUUCGGCAGUGGUGGAAAAAGUGUCAUACUUGAGUAAAAGUAAAGAUACCUUAAUAGAAAAUUACUCAAGUAAAAGUGAAAGUCACCCAGUAAAAUACUACUUGAGAAAGUAUACAAUUAUUUGGUUUUAAAUAUACUUAAGUAUAUGUUAGCAAUUACAUUUACUUUUGAUACUUAAGUAUCAAAAGUACAGUACCAGUCAAAAGUUUGGACACUCAUUCAAGGGUUUUUCUUUAUUUUUACUAUUUUCUAUAUUAUAGAAUAAUAGUGAAGACAUCGAAACUAUGAAAUAACACAUGGAAUGAUGUAGUAACCAAAAAAGUGUUAAACAAAUCAAAGUAUAUUUUAGAUACUUCAUAGUAGCCACCCUUUGCCUUGAUGAUAGCUUUGCAUACUCUUGGCAUUCUCUCAACCAGCUUCAUGAGGUAGUCACCUGGAAUGCUUUUCCAACAGUCUUGAAGGAGUUCCCACAUAUGCUGAGCACUUGUUGGCUGCUUUUCAUUAACUCUGCGGUCCAACUCAUCCCAAACCAUCUCAAUUGGUUUGAGGUCGGGGGAUUGUGGAGGCCAGGUCAUCUGAUGCAGCACUCCAUCACUCUCCUUCUUGGUCAAAUAGCCCUUACACAGCCUGGAGGUGUGUAAACAAAUGAUAGUCCCACUAAGCUAAUGUCCAUUGCUCGUGUUUCUUGGCCCAAGCAAGUCUCUUCUUCUUAUUGGUAUCCUUUAGUAGUGGUUUCUUUGCAGCAAUUUGACCAUGAAGGCCUGAUUCACGCAGUCUCCUCUGAAUAGUUGAUGUUGAGAUGUCUAUUACUUGAACUCGGUGAAGCAUUUAUUUGGGCUGCAAUCUGAGGUGCAGUUAAUUGCCCAUUUGAGGCUGGUAACUCUAAUGAACUUAUCCUCUUCAGCAGAGGUAACUCUCGGUCUUCCUUUCCUAUGGCGGUCCUCAUGAGAGCCAGUUUCAUCAUAGCGCUUGAUGGUUUUUGCGACUGCACUUGAAGAAACUUUCAAAGUUCAUGAAAUGUUCCGUAUUGACUGAACUUCAUGUUUUAAAGUGAUGAUUGACAUUUGUUUCUCUUUGCUUAUUUGAGCUGAUCUUGCCAUAAUAUGGACUUGGUCUUUUACCAAAUAGGGCAUCUUCUGUAUACCCCCCUACCUUUUCACAACACAACUGAUUUGGCUCAAAUGCAUUAAGAAGGAAAUAAAUUCCACAAAUUAACUUUUAACAAGGCACACCUGUUAAUUGAAAUGCAUUCCAGGUGUCUACCUCAUGAAGCUGGUUGAGAGAAUGCCAAGAGUGUGCAAAGCUGUCAUCAAGGCAAAGGGUUGCUACUUUGAAGAAUCUAAAAUAUAUUUUGAUUUGUUUAACACGUUUUUGGUUACUACAUGAUUCCAUGUGAUAUUUCAAAGUGUUUAUGUCUUCACUAUUAUUCUACAAUGUAGAAAAUAGUAAAAAAUAAAGAAACUCUGGAAUGAGUAGGUGUGUCCAAACGUUUGACUGGUACUGUAAAAGUGUAAAUCAUUUCACAUUCCUUAUAUUAAGCAAACCAGACGGCACGAUUUUCUUGUUUUAAUUUACGGAUAGCCAGGGACACACUCCAACACUCAGGCAUAAUUUAUAAACAAAGCAUUUGUGUUAAGUGACUCUGCCAGAAUUGUGAAUUGGACCAUUUUCCUGUCCUGCUAAGCAUUCAAAAUGUAACAAGUACUUUUGGGUACCAGGGAAAAUGUAUGGAGUAAAAAGUACACUUAUUUUCAUUAAGAAUGUAGUGAAAGUUGUCAAAUAUAAAUAGUAAAGUACAGAUACCCCAAAAAAUACUUAAGUAAAAAUACUUUUAAAGUACUACUUAAGUACUUUACGCCACUGGCUUUCGGUUUUAUUAAUGUAUUGCCACCGAGGCCUGCUGGUGUAUCUGUUAAACUGCUUGCUGUGCACUGUACUGCGUGAUCGUACACUUGGAUUGUGGGUUUACUAACGUGUUAGUUCUACUUUUGUUGACUAUAACAUUAAUAUGGUGACAACAAUGUAGGCUGUGUAGUGGUUAGCGGUUAUGGUAGGAAGGUUUGGCUUGGAGAGGUUUUUCACCUGGUCAGAGACAGCUGUUGUGUUGUGCACUGAAGUCCACCGGCAAAGGGAAAAGGUGAGAGGAGGAGAGCGCGUAGAAGGAAUUCUACAGCAAGCAAAGUGAUGAUGCUGUAUGUGGCUGCUAUGAAAGUGAACUGUGUGGUCAGGGGUGUAUUCAUUCCUCUGAUUCUGUUGCAAAACGGAAACGAACGAAACGGGGAGGGACCAAAGUGAAUUUCUCCAAUAGAAACAGAACGGAACAUUUUGCAACUGUUGGGACUAAUGAUUACACCCAAUGUCGGCUAGAUGCAGGCAGGAGUUUGCAAGUCGGUAUUGAAAGUGUCACUGUCUGUCAUCUUGAUUACUCCAAUUUGUCUCAACCUCUGCACCUACGUUAUAAACGUUCAUUUGUAGGCUAGGUUGUAGCUACCUCAUGAUGGGUAUAGGGAAAAUGUGUGUAUCAUAUAGUGGCCUAAACCUAUCGAUUGUUACAUUGAGCUGGGUGAAUGGAAUAUGAAUGAGUCAUCCAAUGUGCUCUAAUGGAAAUGAUGCCAUGCUAAUUUAAAUAAAUCGUCCUCCCUUAUCUUAAACGCCACCUACCACCACUGAACUGGACAUGUAGAAGAAGUCGUUCUGCUGUCAGUACAGAUACUGUGCAGUGUAUUCAUUACCGUAACAAGCCCUAGGGAAAAGAAAAACACACAUAGAAAUUGCUUGAUCAGGCAUGACUGUAAAGUGCUAAAAGGGACACAUGGGUUGAGUACAACUGAAUGAAAAGCAGAGCCAGGCCCAUGACCUAACCAUGUGAAUCUCACCAAGACUGUGCUUGACUUGUGGAGAGAAUAAUCAUUGUUGUGGGGCAGUAAAGGGAUAACAUACCAUGACCAUCUCUGAUACAUAAUCCCUGACUCACUUCUGCUCGUAUCACAUUAUGACUGGAUCCAAUCCAUUGUUUAUGUGCUCAGUCCCUUGGCCACACUAACAAGGCCACAUUCCCACUGUUAUGUCAGGGAUGGACCAUAGGCUAGGGCUGGGACAGCAGGGGGAGGGAGAGAGUGAAAUAGAGAGGGCGGGGUGGGUAUGACACGCCAGUGAGAACUCCUGUGAAGUUCAAGCUCCAUUACUGUGACAGCGGUGUGUGGGUUCACUUCCCCCUUCUUUCUCUCCACUCCUCCCUUUCUCUCUCUCUUUCUGGGCUUCUGACCUUGCUCAGGGAAGCACUUACUGUAUAGUUGCUGGGUUACAGUCAGGUAGGUCAAUUAUCUUGUUUUUUGGUGGUGCGUGUGUUGGUGCGCGUUUGUAUAGGUGACUGUGUGAGAACAUUGAUCGUAGUUUAGUAAGAGACUGUCGGUCGCUGUUUGGGGGGAUUGAAGAACUCUGGACCGCAGGGAAGGGCUUGCGUCUCUGAAUCUGGUUUUAGCCGUGUGGUGAAGUGUAUGGAUAUCUGAGUUGACAGUUUGAACACAGUGCCUAGAACACAAUAAUCCCCAAGGUCCUCUAUGACGGAGCACUUAGAACAGAAAAAUGCACAGAAUUUUCCCUCCAUCUAUUGUGCACCAUUUACAACCAAGUGGAAAUCCCGAACUGCCUCAUGGGUUUAUCGCUUAUUGAGCGAUUUUGAUUGGUUGUAGUUAUCACUGUAAAUCUGAUGGGAGGCAGAUUGAUUUAGAUGACGGGUACGUCGUGCCAUCCUCGUGAUAGUGGUCCCUCCUGCUGUGUUUGGAGGCUCUGACGAUGACCAUGCCUUUUUGUUUAAUUACAUUAGGAAACAAAAAGGAUUAUGGCCCCAAUGUCGUGUUCACUUCAUUGGACAACAAGACCAGCAUCUCUUAAAUCCGACCCGGCCAUAGGAAUGGGGGGAAGAUGAGUAAGCAAGGGAAAUGCAAUACACUAGGGAGACAUUUUGAAUAAGGACCGCUUCUGACACAAAAUAGACUAGCAUGGGUAUGACUGCAUUUGAACCUGUUCACUAUGAAUGGUUUGGGUCUGUGACAUACUGUAACUGUGUGAGAGCCUAAUACCCUAUGUAGCUAGUCUAAGAGUGAGGGGUGUGUCUGUAUUAAACUUGGCUGGUGGAAAGGUCAUUAUCUGAACUUUGUCCUUGAGAACACCCCUACACACCCUCUCCCUCGUCUCUCUCUAUUUCUAGCCCUGUCCUUCAGACAGCACUGACUGCUGUCCUUCAGCACGACAGUGAAAACUGCUGCGUGUGUUCUGACGGGGCACUUCAGACAUGAUGUAUUACAGACGUUGUCAUGGGUGAUACAACUCCUGUCGCUAGGAAGUGACCGGACAAAGGGUGUGUCUGACACCUUGUCUAAGGUUGUCUGGGAGAGGAAGGCUAACAUUUUUUGAAAAUGAAUGCAGUAAUAUUAGUUUCAUUUUGGUGUGUCCCUCAGAAACUGCUCGUGACAAGUGUGCUUAUGUUGCUCUCUCAAAUUGCGCUUGACACCUCAGUUGCUGCGCACAAUAGUAAAGUUACUUGCUAAAAGGCCACAAACUGGGCAGCUUAGUCAGGCAAAUGCCCAUAUACUUUAAAAUAUAAUGAAUUUCGGUUGCCUCAAACACGGGCACAAAUCAUAUUGGGGGGGGGGGGGUGCUGAGCGUGUUCUGGUCUGUCUGGGACGCGUCAGGCUGCACAGCCCUUGGCCAUGUUACGUAAGAGAAAUGUCUCUGCUGCUGGGGUGGAAUGAUGAGUGCAUCUCUUUGUCUUGUGGCGACGGGCUCUGCUGCAGAGCAGAGGAAAUAAACCUCAGAAAUCCUCAGAAAAAUCACCAGAGGCCAGAUUGGCCUACUUAUAGUUAUAGCCUCCCAGAGCAGUGCCACCUUUGUCAACUGCUAACAGCAGAACCCAGGUCAGAUCCCCACUGGAGGAUGGUCAGUCCUACUCGCUUCACAGCGUUGGUCAGGGCAUCACUGCUAAUGGCUGAACCCAGGUCAGUGUCUACUGCUGCUGCCUAAUGCAACCUGCGUCACAAACACUGACACAGCGAGAGCAACACAACCUUUGGUGCUGGACAUCUGGUCUCAAGGUCCUCUGUCGGAUGCUCCGAGGCCAAGCACAGUCCCGCCAUCUGGCUGUUACCAGGUUCUCUUGUUGAAGCCCUUCUCGGAGAUUAGGAAAAACAGGUCAUUUUAGUGACGUGUUAAUUUGUAGAAGACGAGAAGUCAUUCAUCCAUGUGGCUGUUCCCAUCAGGCCAGCUGCUUCACAUUAACCCUCCUGAAUGGCUUUGAUCCUGGAUAAACCUGGGGUUACAGUGCCUUGUGAAUAGUUAUGCACGCUCAAGUUCUGUUUUUUUGGUCUUGUUUGUUUCACCAAAAAUAUUUUGCAUCUUCAAAGUGGUAGGCAUGUAAAUCAAAUGAUACAAACCCCCCCAAAAUAAUUUUAAUUCCAGGUUGUAAGGCAACAAAAUAGGAAAAAUACCAAGGGGGGUGAAUACUUUCGCAAGCCACUGUAUAGGCCUACACCCAGCUGCAGCCAAUCUAACACAAGAAAGGCCAUUCCUCUUGGGGGCAGCUGGAUCCUUUUUAUAAUUUUUUAUGAAAGCUACUUCCUAAAAGUGUACAUGAUGUCUUACUCCUUUGACACGGUAGGUUAGAAUAGCUUCAUUGCUCUUUAGUGGUAGUGGAUUAAUUGGAUGAGGGAGGAGUGAUGGGAUUAGGGGCAUUAAUAAAGGUGGAAUCCUGACUGGGGGAUGUAAUUAUGUCACUGACAACUCUCUUGGGCAGCUAUAUUGAAUGAUCAGUUGAUUAGUGAAUGGCCAUUUAUGUUAGUGUCCAAUGGUCCCUCCUGGCAGUCAAUCCACUUUGACGGCACUUCAUAGCAGCACACGACACUAAUUGAGAGGAAUUGUUAGGAUGGGGCCCUCGGGCUGAAACAGACUCACUACUAUGGCAUUAUAGGUUAAAUGUAAAUGUAAGAUUCCGUUUCUCAGAAACAACUGAGGAGACAGAGGAAGGUUAGACAGCUCUGGGCUGGCUGGCUGGUUCAGCAUGGAGCCUGAUGUCAGCAUGAAUCCCUCAAUGUCUGACUACCAGGAACUCUGCAUAUGUAACAUAACAUUAACAGAAGUCUUUACAGUAUCAGGUUAUCUGCAAAACACCCAGACCAGUGUCCAUGGACUUAAUGGCAAAUCUGUACACACCAUUGUAGGCUAAGCAUUAAAGGUCCAAUGCAGUUUAAAAAAAAAAUCUCUAUCAAAUUUCUGGGUAACAAUUAAGUACCUUACUAGCUAAGUUUCCAUCCAAUUGGUGACAGAUAUUCAUGCAAAUAGUCUAAAAUCUGCAUAAAAAUGUGCCUUUUCCCACCAGAGAUGUUUCCAUCAAAUUGACUUGUUGCAGAUUAAAGGCUGUGCGUGAUGAGGUAGUGCACAUAAAAAUAACUUUUGCGGUUAAAUUGUACAGAAUAAAAAAGUACAGAUUUAAAUGGGUUUCCAUCGCAUUUUCAGCUCUACUGAUGGUUUUCUCACCCAAAAUGUUGCGUUACGUAGCGAGUUUGCCCACUCUGGUGCUGUAUCCACGCGCUGUUGGCUAGAGCUUGCGUAUAGCCUACAUGAUGAGAUUAUUAUGGACAAAAGAGAGAUUUAUUUGUCAAACAGAAGCCAAUCAUCGUUGAUCACGUCACCAGAAUAAGACCCUCGAUAUUUAUUGGUAAGGAGCAUCAACAUCACCUUGCACUUUCACCACCCUGUCAAGUUCAUCAUGACUUAUUUAAUCUGUAGCCUAAUAAACUGCAUGCUUUCCCGAUGGACGAGUCGUAGUGGGAGGACCACACAUGUCAACGCGUGAUUCCAAGUUUACGUCGAUAUAAUAUUUGUGCAUAAGUGUUUCUACCAUUUCUCUCGCAUAAUUCAUUUUACUGACACAAAAAGGUCCCACCUUGUCUAGCGUGUUUUGUUGACAUUUGGAGAGCUUACCGAAACAUUUUCUGUUUCCAUCAGGCCUGUCAUUACAUUUUUAUUCAACAUGUACUUUACUCGCAUAAAAAGGUGGGUGGGGAAACCUGGUUAUUGUGAUUUUGUUUUCAGUUAAAAUGGUCAAAAAUUAAUAAAAAUAGCUUCUUUAAUAAAGGGCAAUUUCUCAAGCAAGAAUUUUGUUAGGACUGUCUGGGAUUGGUCGGAGUAGGGAGGGGAAAAACUAGCUGCUAUUGGCAGAUUUAGAACUCUUUUUCUUAUUGGUCUAUAAACUAAUUUACCGCCUAGUGAUAUCACCAGGCAGGCCAAAACUCCAUCACACUGACAUUUCAGGCAGUCUUUUCAAACGGGUAUUGCACUAAAAGGGCAUAACCAUUUUCACAGCAUUAUUCAAACCUGUGUGGGCAUGUACAAAACAUUAGGAACACCUUCUCUUUCCAUGACAGACUGAUCAGGUGAAUCCAGGUGAAAGCCAGGGGUGCAAUUGCAUUUUUGUCCCCCACAGUUUUAUCAUUGGAAUGUGAUACAAAACGAGGCAACAGUGUGCUUUAGGACCAUGCGGAUGCCUCUGAGCGGUUGGGUAGGCUGUUUGGAGUGUUUAUCUGACUGGAUAAAAAAUUAAUUAUGAGUCUGUCAAGAGCUGCAACGCUGCAGGGUUUUUCACACUCAACAGUUUCCCGUGUGUAUCAAGAAUGGUCCACCACCCAAAAGAUAUCCAGCCAACUUGACAGAACUGUGGGAAGCAUUGGCGUCAACAUGGGCCAGCAUCCCUGUGGAUGCUUUUGACACCUUGUAGAGUCCAUGCUCUGGUGAUUUGAGGCUGUUCUGAGGGCAAAAGGGGGUGCAAGUCAAUAUUAGGAAGGUGUUCCUCAUGUUUUGUAUACUCUGUGUGUGUAUAUAAAACACAGGAAAAUCACGUGUUUGACUGCACUGGGCCUUUUUAACAUUGGAUAAGAGGACAAAAACCAAUGAUCCUUUCACAAUAUCUUAUGGAGCAAAGAAAAACAAGUGAAACAAAGUCAGCCAGUCUGUAACAUGACUUGAGUUCCCAGUUCUAAUAUUUGUGUUGGCGAAGAGCUGUGGCAUGUUUAGGUGGCAGGCAGCAAGUCACAUGUGACUGAGACCCUGCUGGGAGAAGAGGGGGGGAUGUGUGUUUACACAAACUACCAGCUCUGAUUCAAGUGAUGCAGGCUUCCAAGUCUUGACUAGAAGGAUCUCAUACAGUAUAUUAGAUGAGGCUGUACAUGUGAUACUAGUGUGGGGAUGAAAUAUUGCCCUUCACUGGUGAUCAAAAAUAACAUCGGAGCCUAGUAUAGCUGCAGGUAGUCUAGCGGUUAAGAGUGUUGGGCCAGUAACCGAAAGAUCUCUGGUUCGAAUCCCCGAGCUGACUAGGUGAAAGAUCUCUGUGCCCUUGAGCAAGGCACUUAACCCCAAUUGCUCCUGUAAGUCUCUCUGGAGAAGAGCGUCUGUGAAAUGACUAAAAUGUAAAUGUAAUGCCUAUGUAAUCUCUAAUCACUCACAACCUCACUGUACCCUGACUGUGUUAAGGCUGUGGUAACUGUUCAUAGGUGCAGUGGAGCCUAGUGUCAUCCCUGAGAUUAGGUUUAACAGUGUGUGUGGCGGUAUCACUCCCCUCAUUGUUUGUACAGGGGUUUUAACACAGCAUUGUUGAGUGGUACAUAGUGCCUUCAGAAAGUAUUCACACCCCUUGAUGUAUUGUACACCUACUGGUAGAUUGGUAAAAAAUAAAACGGCAGACUUUUUGAAUAUUCCUUUGAACAUGGUGAAGUUAUUAAUUACACGUUGUAUGGGUUAUCAAUACACCCAGUCACUACAAAGAUACAGGUGUCCUUCCUAGCUCAGUUGACAGAGAGGAAGGAAACAGCUCAGGGAUUUCACCAUGAGGCCAAUUAUGAUUUUUAUAUGGCUGUGAUCGAAAACUGAGGAUGGCUCAACAACAUUGUAGUUACUCCACAAUAAUAACCUAAACGACGGAGUGAAAAGAAGGAAGCCUGUACAGAAGAACAAAUAUUCCAAAACAUGUGUCCUGUUUGCAAUAAGGCAGAACUAAAGUAAUACUGCAAAAAAAUUUGGCAAAUUAACUUUUUGUCCUGAAUACAAAGCAUUAUGUUGGGGGCAAAUCCAGCACAACACGUCACUGAGUACCACGCUUCAUAUUUUCCAGCAUGGUGGUGGCAUCAUGUUAUGGGUAUGCUUGUCAUCGGCAAGCAUACACAUAACAUAUAAUAAAAGGAAUAGAGCUAAGCACAGUCCUAGAGGAAAACCUGGUUGUAUGCUUUCCAACACACUGGGCGACAAAUCCACCUUUUCAGCAGGACAAUAACCUAAAACGCAAAACCAGUGGAGUUACUUACCAAGACGACAUUGAAUGUUCCUGAGUGGCCUAGUUACAGUUUUGACUUAAAUCGGCUUGAAAAGGAUAAUGUGCAAAUAUUGUACAAUCCAGGUGUGUAAAGCUAUUAGAGACUUACCCAGAAAGACUCACAGCUGUAACCGCUGCCAAAAGUGAUUCUAACAUGUAUUGACUCAGGGGGUUGAAUACUUAUCUAAUCAAAAUAUAUUAGUGUUUGAUUUUCCAUUUAAUAAACACAUUUUUAAAAGUAUUUUGUGUAGAUUGUUGACAAAAAAUGACAAUUAAAUCAAUUUUAAUCGCACUUUGUAACACAACAAAAAUGUGAAAUAAGUCAAGGAGUGUGAAUACUUUCUGAAGGCACUGUAGUUUGGGAAGAGCUGUUCCUGUGUGGGGCUGCCUGACUUCCUCUCAGAGGAACAGUGUACAGUUUGUCUUUCUGUGUGUGUGUGUCCCGCAGCAAGGGUGGAGAGCUUUGUAACACGCCUGACAACAGCUCACAAUACCUCAAAAGUCUGCUGUACAACAGCGACUGUUUUUUUUUUUUCAACUUGGUGCGUGUGAAGUUAUUGGAAGGUGCUGAAGAAUAUAGGUGUUUUCACACAGGGAGUGAAGCUAUAAGGACUACAGGUGAGGAUAUCUCAGGUUUGGUGUUUAUUUUCAUAUGAAGUAGCCUAAAUAUCUAGAUUUUAUUUCACUUUGAUUAUCUGCUUAUGCUCUGUCCUAGUGAGUUAAAGAACCAUAGAUUUUCGCUUUUAGUAAUCUCAAGUUUUCAAUGUUUUUAGCUGCUAGCUACUGAAUAAUUGGUCUACUUAGCCUGCUGAUGGAGAUGUCUUUUAUUAGUGCUUUACCAUAUGUUCUUUUGAGAACAUCAUAAAAAUAAUAAAUAGUUAUAUGGCUUUAGUAACUGGGUGAGGGUCUACUGCUGAUUAUUUCAUUUUGACGUAAUUUGCCUAAAGACCCAAUGCUUGUUACGCCCAGAUGGAGACCUAUUAAUGUGGCCCUAACACAUGGCUGCCCUUCUUUAUCCAACCACUGAAACCUCUGCCCAGAGAGGAGGGUUUUUAGAAAAAUUAUGUAAACCACUCUCCCACACACAAAUCUGCUUACACCCAGAGAGUGAAUGCUAGGAAGGGUUGGCAUUAGUUUUAAUCCCCUGCCUGGCCUCCCGGGAUGCAGCCUGGCCUCUGAGAGAAUGUCCUUGUAAGGAGAAUAACCUUCAUUCAGGCCAUAGGACCAUAGCUCAAACAACUGUAUUUUACAUAGAUACAGUAUAGGCCCCAUUUUAGUUAGGAAAAUGUUCUGUGAGUUCGAUGCAAAUAAGUAGUCAUUUGCAAGCCUGUUUGAAUGGAAGAUAAGUGUACCAGAGCAGUUAUUUAGCCUGCCUGAAUGAACCGUAACAGUUUUAACCUUAUCUUUUCAUGGGGGAGAUGUGGAUUAGGCUGAGUCAGUUAGUGCUGUCAGAUCCAUCCUGUCAGGUCCACGGCACCCUGCUACCCCUACUGUGCUCUGGGAAUUCAGUCUGAGCUCUGAGGCAGCCAUUUUCACACCGUCUGACACGCGAUGCAGCCACCUUAAGUGCUUAUGUUAAAGCUUCCUACACAAAGAUGUCCCUUUUUUAUGAAAUGUGCCUGAAUAGCCUCCUACUAACGUACCUACCGAGGCACAUAUUGACAUCUAAAAACAUACAGUGCAUUCGGAAAGUAUUCAGACCCCUUGACGUUUUCCACAAUUUGAUACGUUACAGCCUUAUUCUAAAAUGGAUGAAAUAGUUGUUUUCCCCUCAUCUACAAUCUAUACACUACCCAAUAAUGACAAAGCAAAAAAAAGGUUUUUAGAAAUCGUUGGCAAAAAAAACUGAAAUAGCACAUUUACAUAAGUAUUCAGACCCUUUACUCAGCACUUUGACGUACCUUUGGCAGCGAUUACAGCCUCAAGUCUUCUUGGGUAUAACGCUAAAAGCUUGGCACACCUGUAUUUGGGGAGUUUCUCCCAUUCUUCUCUGCAGAUCCUCUCAAGCUCUGUCAGGUUGGAUGGGGAGCGUUGCUGCACAGCUAUUUUCAGGUCUCUCCAGAGAUGUUCGAUCAGGUUUAGGUCCAGGCUCUGGCUGGGCUACUCAAAGACAUUCAGAGACUUGUCCCGAAGCCACUCCUGCGUUGUCUUGGCUGUGUGCUUAGGGCCGUUGUCCUGUUGGAAGGUGAACCUUCACCCCAGUCUGAGGUCCUGAGUGCUCUGGAGCAGGUUUUCAAAUCAAAUCAAAUUUUAUUGGUCACAUGCGCCGAAUACAACAGGUGCAGACAUUACAGUGAAAUGCUUACUUACAGCCCUUAACCAACAGUGCAUUUAUUUUAAACAAAAAAGUAAGAAUAAAACAACAACAAAAAAGUGUUGAGAAAAAAAGAGCAGAAGUAAAAUAAAGUGACAGUAGGGAGGCUAUAUAUACAGUAAAAUAAAGUGACAGUAGGGAGGCUAUAUAUACAGGGGGGUACCGUUGCAUUGUCAAUCAAGGAUCUCUCUGUACUUUGCUCUGUUCAUCUUUCCCUUGAUCCCGACUAGUCUCCCAGUCCCUGCCGCUGAAAAACCUCCCCAAUAAUGCUGCCACCACCAUGCUUCACUGUUUCCUCCAGAGGUGAUGCUUGGCAUACAAGCCAAAGAGUUCAAUCCUGGUUUCAUCAGACCAUAUAGUCUUUUUUUCUCAUGGUCUGAGAGUCAUUUAGGUGCUUUUUGGCGAACUCCAAGCGGUCUGUCAUGUGCCUUUUUUGCGGAAGAGUGGCUUCUGUCUGGCCACUACCAUAAAGCCCUGAUUGCUGGAGUGCUGCAGAGAUGGUUCUCCCAUCUCCACAAAGGAACGCUGGAGCUCUGUCAGUGACCAUCGGGUUCUUGGUCACCUCCCUGACCAAGGCCCUUCUCCCCCGAUUGCUCAGUUUGGCCGGGCGGCCAGCUCUAGGAGUCUUGGUGGUUCCAAACUUCUUCCAUUUACGAAUGAUGGAGGCCACUGUGUUCUUGGGGACCUUCAAUGCUACAGAAAUGUUUUGGUACGCUUCCUCAGAUCUGUGCCUCGACACAAUCCUGUCUCGGAGCUCUACGGACAAUUCCUUCAACCUCAUGGCUUGGUUUUUGCUCUGACGUGCACUGUCAAUUGUGGGACCUUAUAUAGACAGGUGUGUGCCUUUCCAAAUCAUGUCCAAUCAAUUGCAUUUACCACAGGUGGACUCCAAGUUGUAGAAACAUAUCAAGGAUAAUCAAUGGAAACAGGUGGACCUGAGCUCAAUUUCGAGUCUCAUAGCAAAGGGUCUGAAUACUUAUGUAAAUAAGGUAUUUCAGUUUUAUUUUAUAAAUUUGCAAACAUUUCUAAACACCUGUUCGCUUUGUCAUUUAUGUAUAGAUUGAUGAUGAAAAUAAAUAAUUGUAUCCAUUUUAGAAUAAGGCUGUAACAAAAAGUCAAGGGGUCUGAAUACUUUCCGAAUGCACUGUAUAGGCCUAAAUGGAAGUAUUGGAGCAGUGGCCCGCGGGUGGUUUUAUUUGGCCCCAAGUUUUCUGAGCAAAAUAAAUACUGUAAAAACACCCGGAAAUCAGCUCCAAGUGAUUUUAAUUUGGGAAAUCUGUUCCCAAGUAUUUCCACGCAUGAUAGAAGAGACACGUGAUCAUUUAGCAGACGCUCUUAUCCAGAGCGACUUACAGUUAGUGAGUGCAUACAUUUUCAUACUUCCCCCCCGUGGGAAACGAACCCACAACCCUGGCGUUGCAAGCGCCAUGCUCUACCAACUGAGCUACAAGCAAGGUUUGAAAUUAUAUUUGAGUGAGAUAUUAUAUCUGUUUGGGCUCCUUGCGUUCAAUUUGCAGUUUACAAAUGAUUUGUAGUUAUGUUCCGGCCCCCCGACCAUCCGCUCAAGAAGAAAUCGGCCCGCGGCUGAAUCUAGUUGAGGAUCCCUACUCUACAGCCAUAAGGACUGAUAGAUUAGAUUCCAUCAGGCUUCUGACCCAGUUGUUAGUUCCCAUCCACACACCACUAGGUGGUAUGAAAGCCAUAGCAUCACGAGCAUUGUAGAGAACAAUAUACAAAUAACAAGAGACCAAAGAAAAGUCAAUAAUAAAUACCAACAUUUAUAUUACACUAUAGACAAGUUACAUUUUGACAUACUGUAGACACUGCUUUGAUCAUUUGCUAUUUAUACCACAAGAAGAGAUUAUGCAUACAAACAAAAACCUGUGUCACAAUAGCUUGGUUGGGAGUAUAUAUCAUUAUCACCUGUGUUUUUGAUUGUUUUCAAGCUUGUUCCCAUUGCCCUAUAUUCAGUCACCUAAGAGCAGCUACGGACCUGCAGCUCUCUGAGGAGACCUUUUUAGAAGUCUCUGUCACCUCUAUCAGAAUUAUUUGAAGUCCCAGUGAAUAGUAGAUGCACCUGUUCUAAAGAGGUUUUACUCUAGGCGAUCCCUCCCACGGGCUAUGGCCCUUUGUCAAGACCAGGGUAGGGGCAUACAGGAACUCUACACAAACAAACUACAGAAGUCUGCAUUAGAUUGUGAUAUCCUCAGUGGUUUCCUUAGAAUGAUCAGCAGGAAGUUAAGUCAAGACAAAAGGUCUGUGAUAACGCAGAUGACGUACUGUACUAUAGCCUCAGAUGGGCUGAUGUUGGGCUUUUUCAGGUGGUGACUGCACACUUGACCAAACCACAUCAAAGUCUUUGUAUUGCAACUCCUGUCGAAAAUAUAAGUGCAAGAUGUGACAUUUACUUUGACAUUACUGAGGUGUGCGUCACACAUUUCUACUGUGAUAUUGCGUGAAAAUUCACAAGAAUUGGGAGGAUCCACACCUUUCUUAGAAGUGGGCCAGUAGUGCCAGAGGUUUUGCCCAUUUUUGAAAUGUCAGUCUUGUUUAUUUAUCCACAAUGUCAUAAGAUUAUUAUAUCCCACCCAUCAGCACUUUAUUAAAUGGGAAAAUGCAAUGCUUGUUAUUUUGUGGUUCCAUACUGACCACUGAACUUUCUCUCCCUCUCAGGGUACAGUGUUUAGCCUGGAGGAGGAGCAGGGCUUGACCAUAGCCGAGGACAGCAACGACAUCUACAUCCUGGCUGGAGAGCAGCUUCCCACAUCGCAGCUGGGCACCGGAGACAACAGUGGGCCGGACAGCUGGCAGACAGAGAGCUUACGUGUGUCUCUGGCAGGCCACGAGUCCUGGGCACAGGUUGGCAUGAUGGACCACCCCGAAGACAUCAAGAGCCUGGAAAGCAACGAGGGCACCCUUGCAGAGGAGCGCAGCGAGAACAACUCUUCCAACUCUGACAUCGUGCACGUAGAGCGAGAGGACGCAGAGGAGGGUGAGGGCGGGGCAGAGGAGCCUGAGCUGCAGGAGAUCAUGCUGAGCGUGCUGGGCACGGAGAGUGAGCUGGCCGAGCUGAGGGCGAUGUUUAGGGAUGACACCCCGCCUCCUGUCCCAGCAGCCCCAGAGCCCGUGGUGGUAAAUCUGGAGGAGUCGGUCGUCAUCGAGACCCCUGCUCCCCUGUCGGCGGUCCCAUCAGAGCCAGAACCGCGUGCCCCAUCCACUGACCCAGUGUCAGAGCCCGAACCCCCUGCACCAGCCCCUGUGGUUGAGCCUGAGCCUGUCCCUGUUGUGGAGGCAGCACCCCCAUCCCCCGCCAAGGUGCCCCCUACUCCCCCACCAGCAGAGCCAGCCCCAGAACCAGAGCCAGCCCCAAUGCUAGUCACAGCAGCACUACCCCAGCCAGAGCCCAUUCCAGAGGAGCCCCAGCCUGAACCUCAGUCAGAGGCUGUGAUGGAGCUGGCAGCAGCGCCCGUCCUGGAGGCACCCCAAGCCCCUGUGGAGGCCCCUGUGGCCCCAGCCGAGGAGGCCCCAGUGCAAACGGAACCAGAGCCCGAGUUGGAGCUUCCAGUGCUGCUUUACAGUGGAGCUGCCCUGGUGGCCCUAGCUGCUGUAGUGGCUUUGGGAGUGCUGACCCACCGGAAGAGGUAG